UACCCCGCUGUUAUUUGACAUCUGAUGCGACAUGCAUAUGCGGGGCGGGCGGUUGUCAAAUGCCCAAUUCUGCGCGUCCGAAGAGCGGUAGCAGCACCUGAAGUCUUCUUGACUCUUGAGGUCGCUUUCAGUGAUUAUGCCUUUGAAUUGGCAGUAGUACUGAUGCAGAAGCUUAAGUACUGAUGACCUGCGAGUUGCUGAUUGGGAGGUGGGGGAUAUUUGCUUAACUUGGUGACAUGAAUGCUGAUCAGAAAGGAGCUUGGCUGGAGCUGAAGGAGCUUCAUUCCUCCCUGAAUGACUUGAAGGACAAGCUAAACAGAACUGGCCAGAAGCUUUCAGCUGCUUCUACUUCCGGUCCGAUUGAGUUCAACUUUACUGCCCAGCCAAGUUGGGCCACAUCCCUUAUCAAUUUGGUACACUCUUCUAGGACUGCGGCUACUUCUGCUUCAUCUCUGGUCAGCCCAAAGAAAUGUAGGCCAAUUGCUCAAAGCCCAGGAAGCAGUGCUAUAAAUGGUCCGUCAUCACCACAAGCCCAGUCAACAGAGGAAAGCCAUGUUUCAUUGCAGCCAUCGUCGAUAAAAAAUGACGCAUUUCUGCACCAUGAUGAAUUGGACUUCAAGCGCUCGCUUCGACAGUCCAGCAUUCGAAGCAGCUUUGUGCCCUCAGCGGCUGCCAUUACGACUGCUGCCAAUGUUACAUUCACUGUAGGUGGCAUUGUAACGAAGCACAACGCAAGCAAUAGUGGGCUCCAUGUAAGGAAAGCACAUUAUAUUAAUAAUGAAGCUGGUAGACCGCUGAAACAGGGGCCACAGAAUUCUGGCAGCAAGGCUUUAUCAGGUAGCAGCAGGAAACUCCGCAGGUUGGUCGAAAAGCAGAAGAAUGUGGCGGAGCAUCGACAUAGAAAAGCCAAAUCGCCGCAACAUCAGGCGGAUCGCAAUGGAAACCACGUUGAUGUCCAUGCAUCUCAAGUUGCUGCACGAAGACAGUCAACGAAGCUUGUGGACGCUUCCACCUGCUGUAGACCCAGUAGCACCACUAUUGCCACUAACACCUCAACGACUAUGGCUGUUGGAUUUUCUGAGCCAUCUGAAAAACAGCGUUUGGAAGAUGAAAAUACCUUGUGGAGAAAUGGGGGUUUCUCAGAAGUGUUUGAAAACGUAAGUUGGUGCUCGCAAGAUUGUGUGGAGGAGUAUCUCGAAUAUCUGAAGAAGAGGAAAACUGUGGCACAUGAUGCAAAGGAACCCUUGCCAUGCACUGCUUCAACAUUGCUAGAGAAUGAACCUUACAGGCAUGAAAACCUUCCUGAAGAUGAGCAUAUCAGUUUGGCUUCGACUGGAGUUUUCAUUGACCCUGUCUGGAAACGAAAAUUUGCCUCUCUACCUCAACCAAAGGAAUAUAAAGGGUUUUCUCUCCAAGCUGAUGCAUCCACACGAAAGAAAGUCCGACAGCUUUCAAGCAAAAUGCACAAGCCAGAAGGUACUGCUGAGCUACCGUUCGCAGCCGUUGAAAGAAAUAAGCCAGAUGCUCAAUCCACAGGAGCAAUUCAGCAUGGAUGUCAUGAGACUGAGGAAAAGACCAGUGCUGAGGCCCAUCCUGUGAAACCAUCAGUAAUCACACCGACCAGUUGGAAGAAGGGCAGGAAUUUAGCCUUGAGGAUACAUGGCCCCUACCCACCUGCUUCAUCGGUGAAAACAGCAACAGUUUCAGAAACGCACUCUGGGAAUGGCACUACCAAAACCCAUGCUCGAGUGGAACAACUUCGCACUACAGGAGCUUAUGAUGAGAAGUACGUUGUGCCUAUCGAAGACAGGAUUUUAGCUCUAAGGAACUUGAAGAAAAGUCGGAGUGUUAAAAGAAAAGCACACCACCAUAUGGAACCUGAAGGGAAUUCACCUGCACCAGCCACUAAAGUACGGCACUAUGAUGCGCCUGCAGUUCGUGAGUUCAUCAUGAAACAGAAGUUGGGUCGAAAACAGGAGAAGCAUAAGGCUGAACAAAGCACAGUGGACGCCGCUCGAACAAGAGAGUUACGCUUGGAGAAGCUGUAUGCUUUUCAGCGGAAGACUGCAUGUGACAGUGCUCGCAUUGGCCGGUGUAAAAUGAGUCGCCAGCAGGAAGAUGAAAAGGUUGUCCAUGAGUUUGUCAGACAUUUGAAGUCUACGCAAGAUGUGGCUGACUUUGACCAGGUGGAUAAUUCCCCUCAAAGCUUAGCUCCUGGUAGUAAUGUUGGAGUUGCUGACAGUGGUCAUGAUUCCUGCCAACCGCAUAUGCAGUUGCAAAGAGAUCAGGAGGUUCAGGUUGUAAAAGCGAGCACCGACACUGCUUUGGUUUGUCAUGGUGGCAAAGACAAGUGCCCGUUGAGGCACUCGGCCGACCACUCAAAUCUUUCAUCGAACCAAUCGCAGCACGAUGAAAAUGAUGUCUUGAUGAAACCGCUGGAGGGUCAGCUAGCUACUGCACAUUAUGAUUUUGGAACAUCAAGUCUUGUUUAUUGUGAGAAACAGGGGCUACAGAAACAAGAAUUUCAGUACAAACCAACGGAGCAGGUUCUCCGCCUUGAACAAAUUACUACGGGAAUUAAUGAGACACUGGAUGACCAGUUGCACUUGUUGAGCUGUAACACCACCUUUCAAGGGCCAGAAUAUGGUGAACACCAUGCUUCUGGAAUCACUGAGAGGCUUCAAACAAUGUUAUCUGAAGUACAUGAAACUUCUUGUGGUCCAACUCAAGCACCUGAUUCUGUUGGUCAGAGCAUGCCAUUGGAAGAGACUUCAGAUAAAGCACCAAGCACCCCUGUGCUCGCCCGAGUGCAGAAUGAAGCUGCAAGGAAGAUACAAAAUUUCUUUCGCAAGCAUCUGGUUCAGAAUUGCAAAGGAAUGCUUGAAAAAUAUGACCACAAAUAUGAAAAACAUGGGAUGAAUGCACUGAGCUGCAUUUUUGAAGAGUCUGCACAACCACAGAGGGAGUCUAGUCCAAGAGGUAGCACUACCAGCACAGAGCUGUCGGCACCUGAUGAAGAGUCUUCACACCAUCUCAUGCCCGAUCCAAAUACCAUCGCCAGAGCCUGGAAAAAUAAAUUUGCAAAAGCAUUUCUUACCAGCACACGACUAGGAGAUGAGCUUUCCCUGCCAAGUAUCAACCUAAGUACAGUGGCCACUUCAGGUGCUCUCACUCCAGGAAAAGUGUUGGCUCACCAGACUCAGUCAGAGGACUUACAAGAGAAGGUGCAAACAUCUAGAGGCACAUCAGCAGAGGACCUGAAUUCUUUACUUGAGAAGGAGACUGCUCAACACAGCAGCAUUGCCGCAAGCCACACAUCUGUCACAAAGUCGUUUUUGAAAUCUGAAGCUGCCACUGAAAAGAAACCAGCAAGCACAGAAACAGACUCCCGACCAUCUACGAGAUCACUCUUGAACCCCAAGAAAGCUUUCAAAAAGGCUUCUAGGCAAAAUCUUGAGCAACAACAGCCUAGUGAAAAUACAGAGACUUCACUGGUGUCUGUGAUUGGCUCUAAGAUAGCCAGCAGGCAUCUGAGGGGUUAUGAGAGGCCUGAACCAAAGCAAGCAAGUUUGAACAAUGACAAAGCCUGGGUCUUACUUGAGGCUCAAGCAAAAGCCCUUCAAGCGUCAGCAGAAACAGCACGGCACUUGGCGCAAGUUCGGGCCCCAUCUUUGCUGGAGCUUCAUGGAGAAAACAUGGUGCAGCGGCUUACAGCCAGUACUGUUGCAGCUGCAUCUGCAUUGGCAGCUGCCUUGGCCAGCCAGAGACCUGACUGGCAGGUGUCGAUUGCAAGUGACAAAAGUGCUCACCGGAGGACGCGGGCAUCAUCGUCCUCGUCCACAGCAUCACAACCCACAGAUGCUGGCUUUGAAUCCAUUGACAAAACAUCUUCACAGAGUUCAGCUGAGGAGAGUGGUUCGCCACCAACUGAAGACAAUAGCAAGAAAGUUCAGGAGGCCCAAGCCAAGUCUCAGCAAGAUGAUGAUAAUGUUGGUGUGGGUGGAUCAGAGAGAAGUGCUUCUUCAGCUUCUAUAUCUGAGGAGCUGGACACAUUGGGACUAAGUGGUGAGGAUUCAAGUCAGAACAACAAGAUAUCAAACACAUCAAAGAAACGGCAGCCAAAAAACGUGGUCCCCCUCUCUCUAGACAGCAGUGCCACUGAGGACUCUGCCGGUGCCUCCAAUCCACAACAGGCAUGGAGCCAGAGCUCCCUGAGUGAAACAGUCCUGCUGGAUCGGGAUUUGUGCAGUUAUGGCUCAUUGAUGGAGCACCCACUCGGUGGAAAGUCAUCCAGUAAAGAAGAGAUCGAGGGAGGGGGUCAGCCACCUCUGGCACUGCUGCGCCUUCAGGAGCGCGACCUUAUUGAGCGUGCACGAGCAGAGCUCACUUGGAUUGAGGUUCUCAAAAGAAACUGUCGGGAAAAAGGCUCUGAAGAAAAGCUGCCAGCACUGCGCAAGAGGCAACGAGGUAUUCUGAUCAGGCUGCACCAGAAACGGAUAGAACUGAAAGCUCUUCAGAGCCGCUGUCUUACACAGAGUCGUGGAGCUACUAGUCAUGCUUCAGUAUCAACUGAGACUUCUGUUCCAAUGUACAAUGCUUCUGGAGUUCCUGAUGGUUCUGCCAGUGGCAUGCACUCAAGUGGCAUUAGCGAAGACGAAAUUCUUCCUCAGGAAUUCAACCUGCCACAGUUGCAUAGUGUCUGUGGAAUUCUGAUACUUGUGGCACUACAAAGCAAGGAAUCUAAAUCAUGCACUGAGUCAGCAGUGGAAGUGUUGACUGGAUCUUCAAAAGUAUCUGCAUCUGAAAUUGGUACAGAGGAAGAGCAAUCCAAUGAAGCCUCUUCAUUUGUAUCAUCUGGAGCCGAGGAGUUGACUCCCAAAUUAGCUACUCCAUCUGUUACUGAUAAGUCAGACCCAAGGACAUCGGCGUCAUCUGCUAGUUCUGAAAUUGUGGAAGAGCUAAGCAGUAAGGAAGUUUCUGUAUCUGCUUCUAAAAGGGGCACUGAACAGCCUGAAGCAACAUCUUCAUAUGCUAGUUCCAAAGCUGCUGAAGAACCAUCUUCCAUUUCUGACAUUCAGCCAGAUGCUGAAGACCCUUCGUCCAUUAGUGCAAGAGCCACUAAUGAACCAUUGGCCCAGGAUAACACUUCGGUUCCUGGCAGGACUUCUGAGCCUGAUAUUGACGCAGGCGAUGAUUCUGUGGAGAGCAGUACUGAUCGAACAUUUCAGGCUCAACGUGCCACUGACAAAGACAAGAUUUUGUUGAGUGACGAUGACGUCAGUGAACACGUCAGUGCAACAGCAUCAGAAAGUCUUUUAUAUGAAGGAGGUGCCGGAAAUAAGGUAAAUUCGACUGAACAGCCUGCGAAAGAGGCUAAUUUACCUGCCAUGGACAAGUCUGAGUUCGAGAAUGACACAACUUCUGAGGCAAUACUUCCUUCUCUUGGCGACACUGAAACAUCUUUGAGCCACGAAGUCAAAGACCUUGUAAAACAGAGCCCAGAUGAGCAGCCUUGUGAUAAAGUGGCACAAGCAUUUGAAAAACAUCCUUGUGAAAAAUCAUUAAGUCAUGCUGAAAACCUGAGUGAGGUAGGUGUGCUUAAAGAGGCUUCAAGUCCUGCUAGCAGCAAGACAGUUGACGCUCCAGCGAGUCUGUCUAGCUUGGAGGAUGAGUCAACAGUCACAGAGGAGGUAGCUGAGUACACAGAAGAGAUUGUGCACAGUAUAGUCAUAGAUUCAAGCCUGUCUCACGAAGAAGCAAUUGAAGAAGGUAAAGUUGAUAAGGUAGUCAAUAGUAUUCUUUGUUAUCUUCUAGAGGAUACCAUUAAAGCCCUCGUAGACAAAAAGGACUCUUCUAUACCAUUUGCUGAAGAAUCUGUGACAGUGAAAGCAGCUUUUUCUAAUGAAAUUGCCAAAAAAAUGCAUGGUGAAUGUACGCUCAUACUAGAUGUACCUGCUAGUCGUGAAUAUUUCACUGCAUCAUUAAAUGAAGAGGUGCUGUCGGCCACAGAGAGGAGCACAGAUGACCUCUAUGUUCAGGUCACCAGGAGAGAAACAUUGGCUGGUGCUGCUGAAGUCAAGAUCACAGAAACAUCCGAGCAACUUGACUGCUCUCUGCAGGCUGAUCAGCCUUGGGCUACUGAUGUUAUCAAUGCCAUUGCUGAGGAGCUGGUUUCUGAUGCAAUAGAUUCUGUAGUAGGUGUUGCAAAAGAGAAGGGACUGCUCACGGCCAUGUCUGUUGAAAGUGACAGUCACAAGUCUAAUGUAAGCCAGAAGGUGAGUGCGAUCCUUGCGACCAUUGAAGAAACAAGGAACAGUCGCGAGUACCAGAGGCCACAAGACCUGAUGGUACUCUCAACGGAUCUUGACGAUGAGGAGUUUUCCUGGAAGGAUGCUUCAAGAACUCCAGUUUUGACAUUGAGUGAGGAUGCACCUGCAGAGAUGGGUCCAAAGGAGCUCUGUUCACGAGCCGUGCAGGCUGAAGACUGCUUUUUAUCAACAACCUCAGAGCACGACUGGUUUGAUGAUGACUUCGGCUUAGGGCGCUCUGGUGACAAUGCUUUGGCCUACCAACGACGUAUUCCAAACAAGCCACCACCUCCUUACAGUCCCCCCAAGAGUGGCUUUAUGUCAAGGCUGUUUUCUGAGGCUGUUUGGAAAGUGCCUAACAUGGAGGCUGAACUACUUGCCUUGGUACAAAAGGCAGCCGCCUCUAUUUAUACAACAGCUGUGCAAGGAAAAGGUCUUGCCAACUUGACCUUUAGCUCUGAGUGUGUCAGUGAAAAGGCUGGUGCAUCGGGGAUUGAUAGAGACAGCUACCGAGCCUACUGUGAAUUCCUAUUUGAUCUUGUAAAGGAGACAGCACAAGAAAUUUUCUGCACUGAAGCCACAGAUACUUCUCCACCAUCCUGGCAGCGAAAUGUGCGCCUUAGGAGGAAGCAACCUUUACCUGCUACACUUGAGUCUUUUGUCUCUAUUGUGGAAAGCAAGGUGAUGUCAGUGCCAGGACUUCAUGAAAAUUCUGAACUUGCAUUCCGCAACUUCGAUGAUCAAGGACUAAAUUUUGUGGACAUUCUUCUUUCUUCUGAAGCCCGAGGAGAAGAGCCUGAGUGGGUAGACUACAGCCGUGAGGAAGUCAUUGUCAAAGACCAAGUGGCCAAUGCGAUUUUUCACCUGUUGGUGGAUGACACCCUUGAAACUCUGAAGUCCCUUUGGCAGCUCAGAUGACAGAUAGUAUAGUCCACGUUUCUGUUUAGUUUUUUGUCGCAGCAUGCUCAGUGAUUGCAGUGAACAUUCUUGUGUAGAAGGCUAGUUUGUGGGAAGCAUUUACUGCUUGAUUAUAGACAUCCAGCACAUACCAGACUGAUGCGUGGUAGCAGAUGUUGCUGGUCAGAAAAUCGUGUUUUCAGAUUUGAGAGCAAUUUACGCAAAAUGAGAUCACUUUUAACUAGACCUGGGUCAAUAUCACAUUUUUGAAUACGAAUUGAAUACAAAUAGGAAGUAUCGAAUAUUGAAUCAAAUGGGGCUGAAUAUUGAAUAGUCUAAUGCAGAUAUAUUUGCAGCAGGAAUAUUUAUUUUGGUAUAAUUAGGUUCCUAGUCUCUACUGGCUAGUGCAAAAAAAGAGCUAACAAUCAGGUACAAAGGAUCAGUUUUAAACACAGUUACUAAUUGUCAUUAACAAACUGCACGAAUAGCCUCUCAACCAUAUUAGAGAAGGCUGCUGUAUGACUAGCUUUCCAUAAACGCUAAAUAAAUGGUUGCCGAAAAAAGAUCAGAGCUUGUGGAAAAAGAAAAAAGUGCUGCUGAGGGACUUUUGUGUCGUAGACACAUGAUGUUUUCCAUGCCUGUUGCAAGGAAUACAUGACAGGUUGUAGCGUAAAAGAUAAAACUGCUGCAUGACUAGAUUGCCAAAAACGUUAAAUGACAAACAAGUAAAAAUCACAGGUUCGUGUAAAACCAAUUGUUCCACGUGAUUAGGAAACAGGCGCACUCCCUGCUCAAAGGAACAACUCUUCCAGCUCCCCAGCCACACAGAGAGCACUUCACUGUUGAUCAGGCUUCUGCCAUGAAACCGAAAACAAAGCUUGCAUUACCCAUUUUGUUUCUGGGUUGCUUCGAGAACUUUUGUCAUUGCCUCACUUCUGAUAGUUUCUAAUACUUUGUUUAGUAGAUGGAGAACAGUUAUCAGACUUUCACAUUCGAUUGUUGCAAAAUAUUAGGUUAUUUUCAAAUAUUCGUAAAUACCAAAUAGUUUUUUUUUUUUUUCAAAUAGGAAUAGUUGGUGUUCAGUAUUCAAUUCAUAUUUGAAACUUUGAAUAUUUGCCCACCCUUACUUUUAACAAGUGUGCUAUUUUCAACUGUGGGACUGCUCAGGCAGACAGAGCGAGAAGUAGUAGCAGAUUUUGCCGCAAGUUGAUCUUGUUCUCAUUCUCAUGAAUUGUCAUUUGUGAAAGCUUGCAAAAUAAAUGGCAUUUUUCGUUUUUCAGAAAUUUCAUCGUGAGCCUGUGU